AUGAAGGUAAAAAGGAAGAAUGUCGGUUCACCUGGAAAAAAUUUGGAUCAUCCUCCGUUGUUUUUUUGGAUUGGGACCGGCCUCUUCUUGAGUCUCGUGGUUCAGGAUGUUGGGCAUGCGAGUAUACUCAUAAAAGGCACCGCUACAAAUCGGAACUGUUAUUGGUUCACAUUGUGGGGUCGCGUAACCGCCCGCGUUUACGGCCUCCUCGCUAAUUGGAAGACUGCCAGCAUCCUGCCACUGGGUUUCCUCUUGGGGAUCCGCCUGCCUUAUAACUCGAGUUUUGCUUUUCCGAACGAUCACCUCCCCGAUUGA